AAAGGAGUUAUAAGGGAGCACAAGCAAAGGAAAAAAAGAAAAAAAGAAAAAAAGAACUUGUUAGAAGCGAAGCGAAACAGUGGACCUGGACAUUUUCACGGAGAAAGAUGGUGUCCUUUUAGGGUUCUUCUCCAUCGUCUUCUUCCUCUCGUUUCCUCCAUGGAAAUGCCUGGCCGACGAUCCGGCUAUUCUCUGCUCAGCCAGUACCCCAACGACCAACUUCCACCUAAGUUCGAGUCCCCUCCCUCCGAUAAGGCCCGCCCCAAGCCAUCCCCUUUCGACUGGACGAUCGCUGCUGAUCCCGAUCACCGUGGGAUGCGGAUCAGCGCGGGUUACCCUUCGAUCGGCUUACAGAGGCAGUCCAGCGGGAGCAGCUUCGGGGAGAGCUCUCUUUCAGGGGAUUACUACCUCCCUGCGACCCUCUCGACGGCUGCCAUGGACCCGGAGGGGUUUGGACCGUCAGCUUCGGGAGGGGAUGUGAGGGUGAAGGAUGGCACGGAGGGGAUCGGGCCCACGGGGUCUCCGUCCAAGAGCUGGGCGCAGCAGGCGGAGGAGACGUACCAGCUUCAACUGGCGCUCGCGCUCAGGCUCUGUUCCGAGGCUACGUGUGCUAGCGAUCCGAAUUUCUUGGACCCUGGGGAUCAGAUGCUUCCUUCUGAUCGGACUUCUGCCGAGGCGCUUUCCCAUCGGUUCUGGGUUAAUGGCUGCCUAUCUUAUUACGAUAAGGUUCCAGAUGGAUUUUACUUAAUACAGGGAAUGGAUCCAUUUGUCUGGACAAUAUGCACUGAUGUGCAGGAGGAUAGUCGAAUUCCAUCAAUUGAAUCAUUAAAAACUGUUCAACCAAGUGAUUUGUCAAUUGAAGUGGCUCUGAUCGAUAGACAGAGUGAUCCAGAUUUAAGGCAGUUACAGAAUAUGGUAGUUGCUCUUUCAUGCAGUUGUUCUACCACUCAAGAUGUGGUGGAUCAGCUGGCAAAGCUGGUCUGCUCCCGAAUGGGGGGUGCAGCUUUUAAAGAGGAAGAUAGCUUGCUCCCUCGGUGGAAAGAUUGCAGUGAAGCUAUUAGGGCUAGUGCAGGUUCUGUUGUCCUUUCACUUGGAAAGCUAUCUGUUGGCCUUUGUAGGCACCGAGCAUUGCUAUUUAAAAUGUUGGCUGACACAAUCAAUUUGCCAUGCCGAGUUGCCAAGGGAUGCAAAUAUUGUAAACGAGAUGAUGCUUCCUCUUGUCUUGUACGUUUUGGAUUGGAGAGGGAAUAUAUAGUUGACCUGAUUGGAAACCCAGGUUUUUUGUGUGAGCCUGGUUCUUUACUCAAUGGCCCUUCAUCUAUCUCAAUUUCUUCACCUUUGCGGCUUCCAAAAUAUAAAGCUGUUGGAAUUACAAAGGAUUUCAGAUCUUUGGCAAAGCAAUAUUUCUUGGAUUGUCAAUCACUUAAUCUCAUGUUCAGUGAGGCUUCAACAGGCACUACCUCUGGUCGAAAUGGUGCAGUGGGCCCAUCAACCUCAAAAAAUUAUGAUGAGAAAUAUGUGGACGUGAAAUAUUUUUCACCUGUAACAAGUAGUGAUAUUGAAGUUUUUGAGGCAGCUGAUACCCAUGGUAAAAGAGUUGCUCCACCAGUUACAGCAGCUGGCAUUUCCACCGUACAAAAAGGGCAGAAUCUGUUGGAGACUACAGAAACAGUGGAAUAUAUGGCAUAUGAGGCAGACCGUUUAAAGCCCAUCAAAAAAGAUGGGAAUAAGGAUGUUUCACCUCUCUUACCUGCUGUAGAUCCAAAAGCUGAUAAGAAUAAGGAUUCAGUGUUCACUGAUGAACAUCGGCAGGUGCGCAAUAAACCCAACAAUGAUAUAGCUCUUGCUAUGGAUGGUUUAAACAUUCCUUGGGCUGAGCUUAUUUUGAAAGAGAGAAUUGGUGCAGGGUCCUUUGGAACUGUUCAUCGUGCUGACUGGAAUGGUUCAGAGGUUGCUGUGAAGAUACUAAUGGAGCAAGAUUUUCAUCCUGAGCGCUUUAAAGAGUUCCUUAGGGAGGUUGGAAUAAUGAAAAGCCUACGACAUCCAAAUAUUGUUCUCUUUAUGGGUGCUGUUACUCAGCCACCAAACUUAUCUAUUGUCACUGAGUAUUUAUCAAGAGGUAGCUUAUUUAGGCUUCUGCACAAACCUGGUGCAAGGGAAAUUCUUGAUGAGAAACGUCGAUUAACUAUGGCUUUUGAUGUGGCAAAGGGCAUGAAUUAUCUACACAGACGUAAUCCACCAAUUGUUCAUCGAGAUCUGAAAUCUCCGAAUCUUUUAGUUGACAAGAAAUAUACCGUGAAAGUCUGUGAUUUUGGCCUCUCCAGAUUAAAGGCAAAUACUUUUUUGUCAUCAAAAUCUCUUGCUGGAACUCCUGAGUGGAUGGCACCAGAAGUUCUCCGUGAUGAACCAUCAAAUGAAAAAUCUGAUGUUUACAGCUUCGGUGUAAUCUUAUGGGAGCUUAUGACAUUGCAGCAACCAUGGAGUAAUUUAAAUCCAGCUCAGGUGGUCGCUGCAGUUGGUUUUAAAGGCAGACGGCUUGAAAUUCCUAAUGAUGUAAACCCAAAUGUGGCUAGGAUAAUUGAAUCUUGCUGGGCAAGUGAACCUUGGAAAAGGCCUUCUUUCUCCAAUAUUAUGGAAUCCUUGAGGCCACUGAUUAAGCCUCUUCCUCCUCAGCCAGUUCGCAAUGAAAUGACAAAGUUAACAUGAAAGAGCAAGAAGAAUGUUUGUUGCCAUUUUGAAUUCUGGUACGAUAUGGACACGGAAACUCAUGUCUCUUUGAUCAGGAUCACAUUGGUGCUCGCGUUCUUAGAAGAGUUGUUGAGAUUCUGAUUAUCGACCAGUUACUUAACCGGCUGCAGAUUUCAGCAUUAAUUCCAAAGGCAGAGGGGACUCCACACUAUGUAUAAACCUUUAUCUGUUUAAGUGCUCUCCUACAAGCAAUCUGUGUCAUGUUAUCUUGUAAAUAGUGAUGUAACUAGAUCUAAUUAGUUUUAGAGGGAGAGCUUUCUUGCGGUCAUGUUUUCUGAAGGUUCUUUAGCCACCCCACUAAGAAAUCUUGUAUGUUUGAUGUUACACUUGCUAACGUUCUCUUAUUCAUUUCAAGUGUAAUGAUUACCUUUUAACUAUUGUUAUAUAUUGCUUGUGAUUAUCCGCCCGGUUCAA